GUCAAGGAGAAAUUGACAACAACACGAGACUCUUUGGUUCAUCACAGACCUGAGAAUAAUGGCUAUAUCCUGAGUCUAAUUAAUUUGGACAAUAUCUCUUAAUUAUUUGGAACUUAAGAACUUUACGCUGGUCGCAGAUGAUGAUGAAAACUUAAAUUUACUCAUCUUAAUUCUAUAGUUUGAAGAAUUUCGUAAAGUGGAGAACUUUAAAGUGAAUGUGUUCUUGAGUGCAUAUUGGAAGGAUGUCUCAGAAAAAGAUCCUAUUUGAUGAGGAUUCUGGUGGAGAGGAAGAUGGCUUGCAGAUUAAUAAAGCCUACGCUACCAAGUAUGAAGAAUGGCGUAGAGGAGAGGAACUGGAGAAGUUAAAAAACCAAUAUGGUAAUGAUGGCUCCCUGACAUCAGAUUCAGAAUCUUCGUCAGAUGAUGAUUUUGUUGAGCCUGACAACCCCGACUUUGACCGUGACUUCUUCAUCUCCCUGGGUGCCUUGUACAAGAAGAAUGGAGUAAAUUUGGAAGAGAGAAAGUUUUUUUCUGGUGAUUACAGAAAGAAGAAGAAAGACAAAGAGGAGAAGGCUAUGACCAUCCAUGACUACCAGCGCUACAUUGCUGUGGACCAUGAGGGAAAUUUAGAUGAAGAUGAUGAUCCUACAGCAGAGAAAGAUGUUGGGGACAGUCCACUUCGGGGCAAAAAUAUCACUGGUUUUAAUGAUGACGAGGAUGAUAAAGGUAAUGAUGAUGAUGACGACGAUGAUGGACUCUUGACUUCAGGAUUGUUCAAGGUCAAAGAAAAAUCCCCUAAAAAGAAAAAAGAAGAACCCUCAGAGGUAGCAGAUGAUGUGGUGGCCUAUGUGAAGGGAGAGAGUUCUACAAUAAGUAAUGAAAAAGAUAAAGGCUUACUUGAGGGUCUUAAGAGUGCGUGGAAUGACCCAAACUUGUCGAGCGAAAACAAAUGGUUGGCCGAUUAUUUUCUUAAUAAAAGAUAUCUUGAAGAUGAAGAUGAAACCAUUGAACGAGCAUAUAAUGAGGUUGUCAUUGAUGAAGAAACUUUAUCAGAGGAUGAAAGGACACUGGAGAAAAUGGAGACUUUUGAAAACAAGUAUCGUUUCAGAUUUGAAGAACCAGAUGAGGAAUUCAUCAAGAGAUAUCCCAGAAGUAUUCCUGAUUCGGUGCGAGCAAAAGAUGAACGACGAAAAUUGACACGCGAGGCUCAGAAACAACGUAAAAAAGAGGAAAAAGAAUUGAAGAGGAAGGAGAUAGAGAAAUUAAAAGCAUUGAAGUAUAAGGAGAUUGAAGCUAAGAUUAUGAAGAUCAAAGAAGUGUCAGGAAAUAAUGAUAUUGAUCUAGGGGAGAAGGAAUUGGAUGAUGACUUCGAUCCAGCAGCUCAUGAUGGUGUGAUGUCCCGCAUGUUUGGAGAUGAUUACUAUGUUGACGACGGCGAUACAGAGAAGCCGGUGUUUAGUGAUGAUGAAGAUAUUAUACAGGAUUAUGAUGAGUGGAUGGAGAGACAAGGCCCUGGCACGACUCAAAAUGCCGGUGACUGUGAGGCAGAUGAAGAAGACCAUGUAAACUGGGAUGGAGAUAAUUUCAAUAUGGAUGCUGAUUAUGACCCUUCACAAGCUAAGGAGGACCUGCAGAAGGAAAUGAUUAAUGCUUCUACUCGAAAAAAAGGCAGACGAAAAUCAAAGUUCGCCAAAGCUAUAUCUAAAAAUAAACCAAUAUUUGAUCCAAAGGAGAAGAAUUUUGACUCCUAUUUUGAUGAAUAUUACCAGUUGGAUUUUGAAGAUAUUAUUGGAGAUAUUCCUUGCAGAUUUAAGUACAGGAAGGUAGAGAGCAAUGACUUUGGACUCACAACUGAAGAGAUUCUGACAGCCCAAGACAAAGAACUCAAUAGAUGGGUUUCACUGAAGAAGAUGUUACAGUAUCAGCGAACAAAUAAAGAUGAGCAACAAGAUCGCAUUAAGUGCAGGAAACGCGCCGAGCACCUCCAUGUAAAACAAAAGAUCCUCCCGAGCUUGUUUGUCGAAGAUCCUGAAGAACUUCAAAUAACAGAGCAAGAAAAAAAGAGGCAGAAAAAUCUUAAAAAGAAAUUAAGGAGAGAAAAGAGACAGCAAGGUCGUAUAGAUGAAAAUGUUCAUAAUGACCAGUCUUCAGCAGCAAAAGAAACUAAAGUAUUACACAAUAAUGAAACAAGCAACAGUAAUAAGCGACAACUUGAACAUGCAAAUGAGGACUUGCCCAAGAAAAAGAAAAAACGUGCUGGACAAAAUGAACUUGACUUUUCAGAUUCCCCUCAGACCAGCAACACAAAAGUACUACCAGAUGAAAGCAUGGAUGAGAACACUCACUCACAUUCAGAACAAAAUAAACAUUACUCUCAGGAGAACCUGCAGAAAAUUGCUGAUAUAUCAUUGAUGACUGAGGAAGCCAAGAAAAGUGAGGCUAUAUUAAAUGUCUCAGAACUAGGAGAUAGUUUGCCACAAAAAAAGAAAAAGAAAAAGAAAAAGAAGACCAAUUUAGUGGAAGCAGAGAACACAGAAAUUAAAAAGUCUGAAUCAGAAGUGGUAAGUUCAAAGAAAAGGAAGAAAAACAAAAAUAGGCAAGGACAAAUUCCCACUGCUCUUGGGAAGUCAAUGAAGAGCAGCAAGAAAAAGAAAAUAGUGAGGAAAAAUGACCCAUUCUUCCAAGGUUUAAGUGAUGCCAGACUAUCAGCCUAUGGUGAAAAUCCCAAAAAAUUUAAAAAUUCUCUUAAAUAUGGUAAACAAAAUGUAUGAGAUGGAGUCAUCGUUUGCCUCAUAAUAAACACCACUUCUGAACUUUUACACAAAUCACUGGAUAAGCUUGCAGCAACUUUACUGUGCUCUUGUCAGGAGGGAGGGAGGGUAGUAGUAGUAGUAGUAAGGUGCCUGGUACAGUAUUUUAAAUUUAUGAGGUGAGCUCAUUUUCAAGAUAGUUCCACAUAUCACUGUCACAAGUAGGAACACCAAGGAGAUUAGGGAAGGCAGGAAACACCACUGUGGCUACACCUCCAAACCUGUUCUCACAGAUAGAAGGUAAACAAGACUACAGAAGAAUGAACUAUGGGAAGGUUAAGGACCUGGCCCUGCGCAUUCUGGUUUGGGUGUGACGCAAGUAAGGGUGUGAUGUGCAAAGGGUAAAGGGUGGCUUGCCUAGUGAACACGUAAAUGAGUAGACGUAUUACAUAAUAACAAAUAGGAAAAAACGAAAAGAAGUUUGAAAGUACAGUACUGUAUAUUAAUUUAAAAUUUAAAAUGUUACAGGUUAAAAAUUUUCAGUGAUAACUUUUUCAUAUGGUAACAAGCUCAAUGCUGUAUUGUUCACUUCUCUGCCAUACAAAGACACCUGGCUAUUAUUUUUGGGAUUUCUUGUACCCCCUUCCUCCCCUCUACAACUCAGUUUGUGACAAUUUUCUAGAUGGUGACCUGGUCAGUUGGGCUAUUGUUUUAAUAACCUGUAAGAAAACAUAAAUACUUGUAUAGCCUAUUUGACCAGGGAUUUGUUAAGUUCACUAUAAGACCUACAUUGGUCUCAUUAUGAUUUUCUUGGAUUUGUUGAAAAAAGUCUAGGAUCUAAAAAGUUGACAUUUUAUUUACUGUGUACUAUGGCCCCUCUACAGCUCACAGAAUGUAUCAUACACCUUCCCAUUCACUCAAGUUGCAAGAAACAUGUUCUUUCAGCAAGUGGUUAGCAACAGAACUGUUUGGGAAUAAUGCAGAUAUAGAUUUUUAAAGAUGGAACAAGUAAAAAAUCUUUGGCUUUGGUACCUUCAGUGAUAUUUAUGGUGAAUGCUUUGUUUUGAUCAUAGAAUUUAUGAAUACUUAACCACUUUUGUAUCACAUCCCUGAAUAUAGUGUAGAUACAAUGUCUUUGAACAUUUCUCAUGUACAAAUUCACGAAAGUAGUUUAUUAUUUUAAUGAAAAAUAAAGCAUUUUAGUGCUUUAAA